AGUGACGCACUAUUUACAAAAUGUGCUAAAAUUUUGCUCUAUUUAAACCCCUUCCUUGUCACAUUACACAAUAUAUUUCACCACUCAUAUAUUGAUUUAUUUAUUUAUUACACAAAACAAAUUAAUUAAUAACAAUAGAAAUAUGACUAUCGCCAACUUGCCCGGAGAAUGGCCGGAGCCGAUCGUCCGAGUCCAGUCGCUGGCGGACGCCGGCAUCUCCGCCAUCCCUGAGAGAUACAUCAAGCCUCCCUCCGACCGCCCGUCGCCGCCGCCGCCCCAAAACCCCGCUUCCCGCCACCCCAUUGUCGGGGACGACGACAUCCCGUUGAUCGACGUCGGCCCUCUCUUCGCCGGCGACGCUGCCGCGGCGGCCGCCGUGGCGGCCCAAGUCACGGAGGCGUGCCGGAAGUGGGGGUUUUUCCAGGCGGUGAGGCACGGGGUGGAGCCGGAGGUCAUGGACAGCGCGCGGGAAGUGUGGCGGGAGUUCUUCCACCAGCCGGCGGCGGCGAAGGAGGCGUACUCGAACUCUCCGGCGGACUACGUCGGCUACGGCAGCCGUCUGGGGGUGGAGAAAGGGGCGGUUCUUGAUUGGAAUGACUACUUUUUCCUUCAUUGUCUUCCUUCCGGCUGGAAAGACCAUAGCAAAUGGCCUGCCACUCCCACUCCUCUUAGGGACGUGGUUGAGAAAUACUCGGAGCAAGUUAAUAAGUUUUGUGGAAAACUAAUGAAGAUUCUGUCGACAAACCUCGGAUUAGAGGAAGGAUUUCUACAAGAUGCUUUUGGAGGGGAGAAUUUUGCGGCUUGUUUGAGGGUCAAUUUCUACCCAAAAUGCCCUCAGCCCGACCUCACCCUCGGGCUCUCCUCUCACUCCGAUCCCGGGGGCCUUACCGUACUUUUGCCGGACCCAGAUGUAUCCGGCCUCCAAGUCCGGCAAAAUGGCAACUGGGUCACUGUCAAACCGGUCACCGGAGCGCUCAUUGUUAACAUUGGCGAUCAAAUUCAGGUCUUAAGCAAUGCCGUAUACAAAAGCGUUGAGCACAGAGCAAUUGUGAAUUCAAACCAAGAACGUGUUUCGUUGGCCUAUUUCUACAAUCCUCGAGGAGAUUUACUAAUUCAGCCUGCACAGAAGUUGGUGACACCAGAGAAGCCAGCAUUGUAUGCGCCCAUGACAUUUGACCAAUACCGUCUUUACAUAAGGACCAAAGGACCCAAAGGAAAAGAACAACUUGAAGGAUUUGGAAAAAAACAUCAAGGAUAAUAUUGGUCAUUGUAUAUAUGAGAUGGGCGUGUCCGGCCACUAUUGCAACACAUGUGUAUCUGUUCUUUAUUUUUAUUAGUGUUUCCUUAUAAAUAAGAAAAACUUAGAGCACUG